AUGGUCUCUAACAGAGUGAGCAUAAAUGACUUACGUGUCGAUACUUCUUACAAGCUACCAAAUGAAGAAGAAACUGUAGAUGAGGCUUUGAAAAGACUAGAGUUUCAACGAAAAGAGAGACUUCAGCUCGUCCCUACCGAUGAUGAAGAUGUCAAGGCAUGUUUAGAAUUACUUGGUGAGCCCAUCGUGAAUGCUAACGAGGAAAAUGCAGAAAGAAGAGAAAGACUGACUGAACUUCUAUUCAAAAAUGAGGAGCACAUGAGAAAAUUUCUUGACUCAGUUUAUGGAAAAGGGAAUCAAAGAGAGAACACCAAGGAAGCUAAUGAAGAUGAGGAUGAAGAUGAAUUCUACACACCAGCAAGCAUUCAACUAAUUGAGGCUAGAAAGUUUUUGAUCAAAGACUCCCUUCAACGGGCACGCAGACGUCUUGAGCUACAGAAGGAAUCCCUGAACGGUCAAAAUAUACAAAGAGAAAUUCUUUAUAGAAGAAAUCUGAACCACAGUCUCUCACAAUUUGAAUUAACUGGAUCACAAAUUGCAUCAACUAGACCAAUCUCACAGGUUGUUUUCUCCCCUACUGGCGAGCAUAUAGCAUCUGGGAGCUGGGCUGGUGACAUCAAAAUUGUAGAGCGCUCUACGCUCGAUAUUGUCAAAGAGUUUCGAACCGCGCAUAACGGAAAAAUUGGGGGCCUCGAUUGGCAUGAGAGUGGUAAACUAGUUGUUAGUGGUGCUGCUGAUAACUGCGUAAAGGUCUGGAAUACUUCUUCCAAUGGUACAAAUCCAGCAGCUGUUUUGACGGGGCAUGUCGGUCGAGUGGCCAGAGUAAAAUUUCAUCCUUGCGGUCGGUUCAUCGCCAGUGCCUCUUUCGAUACGACCUGGAGAUUGUGGGACUUGGAAAGCCAAGAUGAAUUGCAACUACAGGAGGGGCAUGCGAAGGAGGUGUUUUGUUUGGCAUUUCAAAGUGAUGGCUCACUUAUUUGCAGUGCCGGCCUUGACUCUUUGGGAAUAGUAUGGGACAUAAGAAUAGGUAAAUCAAUAAUGUUACUAGAGGGACACGCUAAACCAAUUUAUGGUUUAGAUUGGUCACCUAAUGGGUAUCAUAUUGCUACUGGUGGUGCUGAUGGUGCAAUAAAGUUAUGGGAUAUACGAAGGAAAGGUACAGUUGGAACGAUAAUGGCAAAUAAAGGCAUCGUGUCGGAAGUGAAAUUCGACAAGGCUCGUGGCUCGUUUCUUGUUUCUUCUUCCUAUGAUAAAACUGUUAGUUUAUUCAGUGCGGAUAACUGGAAGCCAAUAGCAUCUCUAGAAGGUCAUACUGAUAAAGUCCUAUCGGUCGAUAUUUCUAAAGAUGGCGAUAAUAUAAUCAGUAGUGGAUGGGACCGCUCCGUCAAGUUAUGGACAUUACCUAACUAG